UUUAGAAUUCGCUUAUUAUUAGAAACCUUCAACACCUUCCAACUAGCUCUUCCAGUCUUUCCGUCCAGUCCUCGUUUAGAAACCCGCUCGGGCGUUGUCCUAACGCUGACAUUCCUUUGAUACGAAGUGAUUUACUUCAACUCGCUCAACACCACAAUCCUUUGAAUCCAACUCUCCUCGCGCGUUUACCCUCACUCAGCAACGCACCAUGCACUUUCACCAUUUCUCUAGUGUUGUCGCUAUCAUCGCCCUCUCUUGGGGCUUGGAGACGAUUUGUCAACAAUCUUCGGAAAAUCCCAAGCCAUCAACAUGCGACGGUGUCUUGAUGGUACAGGCGGAGAUACCAGAAAUCCAAGGUGUAGAUGGAAAGCCGUUCAAUCAAUUUGUAGGCAAUUUGACCUAUUCCCUUGGAAUGGACGGAGCCCUCUCGCUCAAUAGCACAGGGUCAGCAUGGCACUGCGACUCAAUCAAGGCCAAAACAAAUUCCACAAAUACCAUGCGAACUCUAAAAAACGUAUUCGGCUCUGCACAGAUGUCGUGUAAAGCGGAUAUUCAGGAUGUUGAAUCAUCGUGGGUUACUCAAUGGACAAAAAUUACCUUUGCUGGACAGCUUUAUGUCAGUAUCAUCGUGCACGACGGAAUCUGCGCUUCUCCUACUAGUUUAUUGGGUGCCGGUACCAUAUGUAACUACGAAGCAAUCACUGAUGGUGGACUCAAAGGAAAUGCUGAAUGCAGAUGGAAAACAGUCGAUCAACCACACCACCAGGGAGACAAUGCGGAAGGCGCGGGACAAGGCGGCGAAUGAUUCCAUUAUCGAUAGCUCGACAGUACCAUAAAUAAUACUCCCGAUAAGGGAGAAGUGCAAUGAAAAAUUUGUAUCCCCUUACAAGAACAGCCUUAAGGGUUAUCUCUGCUGCCUAGCGUGGACCCUUCCAAAUUUUGCCUGUUGAGAAUGUAGUUAAGUUGAAUGGAUGGAAAAAGGCCGCUUGUUCGCGAAAACCUCGAGAAUCGCUAAGUAGCCAGCUAUGCUAAAUUCACAAUUUCAUUGUGAUGAUCUCAAUAAA